AUGGACGAUCUGGAAGCUCCAAAUGCAGACUAUGAAGAGGAGGUUUGGACAGAUUGGGACGUGAAGAGCUCAGUGCCUCCAAACCACCAGGACGAUUUAGAUCAGAAUCCAGAUCAGGCAGAAGUGUCCACUGACAAACAAGAACACUCCCUUCUGCAGCUGGAGAAGGCUCACAGCAACAGACACAGAGAAGUGAAGGUGCUGCAGGAAGAGAACAAUCGACUGCUCAGUCAGGUCACAGAUCUCAAACACCAACUCUGCAGAUUAGAGACGAACAAGAUUGAGAUGGAGGCCAGUCUGAGCCAGCUGAAGCAAGAGCUCUCUGAAAGCAUGAAGAAGCUGUCUAAGAAUACUUCUGCUGUAGAAGUAAACCAUCAGUACUGCAACAGCCUGGAAAAGGAGCACACCUGUUUCAGCCAAAACCUGGACUGUCUGACAGGGAGUGAAAAGCAGACCAAAACACUCAAGACAGACCUGUCCUCCUCAGCUACUUCUGAUGUAACCAUAAAACAUCUGGAAGAAACUGUGCAGAGGAUGUUGAUGGAAAAGACACAACUAGAGAGAGCAGCACAGAAUCAGUCAUUCAAACUGAGAACUUUAGAAAAACAGGCAAACGAGGCUCUAAAGGAAAGGAUUCAGCUACAAGAGUUGAUCUCAAAUCUCCAGAGCAGUAAAUUCUCCUUGGAGGAGCAGCUCAGUAUAGUGAAGCAGAAGGACAGCACGUUGUCACAUGAAGGACUGGAGUACCAAGCAUUGUGGGAGAAAGAGGUGAAAAAAUGCUCAAAGUUAGGACUGCGUUUGUCAGAGCUGGAGAAGGAAAAGGAACAACUCUCCUCAAAGGUUGAAACUAUAAAGACAAAAGCAAAACACAUAAUGGAGAAGAAAAACGUUGUGGAGACUCGUCUGCAAGACGAGAUGACCAGGAACUCAGAGCUCCACACAGAAGUAAGCAGGCUGCGUACAUUAGUCAAAACGGCCAAAAAGAAGCUCCGUGACAAGGACAUGGGAGAAGAGAAGAGCAGAGAAGAUGUCCAGGGUCUGCUGAACAAGGAGACUCAGCUGCGACAUCAGCUAGAGAUGGACUAUGGUGACCUGGUGAAAGAGGUGGCAUCUCUGAAGCGCUCACUCGUGGACAGACAGAGGACAGAAGAAGAGCUGAGGUCUCACUUGGAGGCAGCUGAAAGAGAGCACAGUCAAGUUGAGGAGAGGUCCAGGCAACAGCUGCAAAGCAAACUGGACGAGGUCAACCGCUUUUUCCAGACUCAGAACACUUCUCAGAAAUCACUGCUCUCCCAAAUGGAGCACAGAAUCAGGGAGCUGGAGAACCAAGUGUCCAAGAAUCGCUGCAGCGAACAAGACAGCAUCAGACAUCUGGACAUGACCCAGACUGAGCUACAGAGGUACAGGAGCAUGUAUUCUGAGGAGAGACACCUGCGCAAAUCUCUGGCUGCCAAACUCCAACAGACCGACAGUCGUCUCUCCGAAGCAAAGUUACUCCUCAACGAGCUGGUGAGUAGUCCUCAGCUUGUGGGUUCACGGAGACAUUAA